GUUCAAUAGUAGAAUGACUAGUGAAAUAAGAGGUUAAUAUAGAACAGUAUAAUGUAUGUAUUUUAUGGGAUAUAGUACAUUGGAUUUGGUAGCUUGAAUGAAUGAGUGGACAUUGUGGUACCCAAGAAUCCUAUAUCCCUCUUUCACCAUCUCAAUGCUCUUCUCUUAUUUAAAUAUAAUUGCCAGUUUUCCAUGUUCAUCAGGGGUUUUGCAAAUUAAAAAAAAAACAUAAGAAUCACUUCAAAAGCAUUUAGUGUUAUGUAUCAAGUAUUUAGUGUUGUGUCACUGUGAUACUGUAUUAGAAGUUGAUUGUGUGUUUAUUGAUUUUAAUAUUAUGAAAGUGAAUGUUCUAUAGUAUUAGGAAAUCUCUUUAUAAUUUUCUGAAAUCACAACAUUACUUGAAGUUGAGUUGGUAAAUGAAGUGAUUAUCUCUAGAAUUUUAGUAGAUAUGAGAUGAUAAUGGUAUACGUAUAACUUGAAUUUUAGACUUACAUAAAUACUGGAAUAUUGCUAGAUUUGAAAUGAGUAUGACAACUGAGAAUAUAGAUGAUGAUACAUGCUUGUGGGGACCAACUAUAGAGAAAAUAUUUAUUGAUAUCAUGGUUGAUGAAGUGAAUAAGGGAAAUAUGACAAGUGGUCAGUUUAGCUCAAAGACAUGGGCAAGAAUUCUUGAGGAUUUGCAAAGUAAAAGUAAGCGAAAGUAUGUAAUGAAACAAGUUAAGCAAAAGUUUCAUAGGUUACGCAUCAGGUAUCGUGAGUUUUCUGAAUUGUCGAAACAAACUGGAUUUGGAUGGAGUCGUGAAAAAGAUACUGUGACUGCUCCUGAAGAAGUAUGGCAAAAUUAUAUAAGGGUAAGAACUAAUUAAGUUUAUAAUUUAAAAGAGUUAGUCCUUAAUCAAAUAAAGUGAUAAGUUAGUUCCUUUUCUUUGUUUAGGCACAUCCAAGGGCGGCACAAUAUCAAAAGAAAGGAUGUGAUCAUUUUAGAUUGUUUGAACUAAUUUUUAGUAAAUCAACUGUGACUGGUUUACACCAUCGUUCUGCUGCUUCAGGUCCACCCAAUACUGAUGAUGAAAGGGAGAUGGAAAAUGAUUUAGAUCAUGUAGACAUACAAGAUAUUGAUGAUAAUGAUAGUGCUAGUUGUAUAGGCUCUCGUCUUGUUGAUGAUAUUUUUAAACGUUCAGCAAAAAAUUCAGCAACAACAAGUGUAGAGCGAGUGAAAAGACAAAGAUCACAACAAAUGAGUGAUGCGAUUGUUGCAUGGACUGAGGUAGCUAAAGUAAGAGCUGAGGCUACUUUAGCUAAAGCCGAAAAAUACAAGAGUAAAAGUGAAGUAGGAGGAAGUCAAAAAGAUGAAUUUUCUCUCACAAAAUACAUGCAGAUCCUUGAAGGAAUUGAAGGAGUUGAUGAUGAUAUUUACAUGAAAGCUGUCGAGAAGUUCAAAGAUUCGGAUUGGAGAGAGAUUUUUAUUAAUAUGUCUACUGCUAGAAAGAGGGCUUGGCUAGAUAGGCUUUGAUAUUAUUAUAGUUUGUUAUGCUAAGAUGAUUAUUGAUACUUAUUUCUUUUUUAUAUAUAUAUAUUAUUAUAGUUUGUUAUGCUAUGAUGAUGUUAAUUGGUACCUAUUUCUCUUUUUGAACACCGGAUGACUUUGUUAUUAAUUUCAAACAUUAUAUGUCUUUUUUAUAUAUCUUUUUGCUUAUGUUUUUAUAUGUCUUUUAUAUAUAUCUUUUUGCUUAGGUUUUUUUCCUAAGUUAAUUUUUUGCAUGCUAAUAUGAUUUUCAGGACUAAGAACAAUCAAAUGGAUGAUUCUAGUUCUAGUUUAUCUUCUACAGAUAGCGAUUUCGAUGACUUUUCAGAUUUUUUGAUGCUAUACCUUCUAAGUGAUUAUAAUGAGAAGUUUAUUGAGAAAAUCCCUCAACGAACAUCUGUUUUAAGUGGAGAGGAUUUUGUGAAACAAUUAUUAGGUGGUCAUGAGAGAACAUGUUACGAAUUGUUGCGAAUGGAUAAGAAUGUAUUUGUUGAGCUUUGUACUUGUUUAAAACAAAAGGAAUACAUUAAGGACACCCGAGAGGUUAAAGUUGAAAAGUCAGUUGCUAUUUUUCUUAUGAUUGUUGGUCAAAAUAUGAGAAUGAGACUUAUAGCAGAUCGAUUUCAACAUUCGCUUGAAACCAUUGAUAGGCAUUUUCGUCUAACAUUGAAGGCAAUAUGUAAAUUAGGACAAGAUAUCAUUCGUCCAACUCAGUCUCCAUUACCUUCUCGUAUUGUCAAUUCCUCGAAAUACUAUCCAUGGUUUCAGAAUUGUAUAGGUGCAAUUGAUGGAACACAUGUGAGUGCAUGUGUCCCUGCAGAUAAGCAAGUCAGUUACAGAGGUCGAAAAAAUGUAGUAACACAAAAUGUUUUAUGUGCUUGUAACUUCGACAUGUUCUUUACUUUUGUAUUUGCUGGUUGGGAAGGCACUGCAAAUGAUUCCAGGGUGUUUAUAGAUGCAAUUACAACACCUGAAUAUAAGUUUCCACUGCCUAAAGAAGGUGAAUAUUAUGUUUUGGAUUCUAGAUUUCCAUGUACAAAAGGUUUUCUCCCACCAUAUCGUGGUGAAAGAUACCAUUUGCAAGAAUACAAUAGUGGACGUAAUGGACCGCGUGGCAUGAAAGAACUAUUCAAUUAUAGACAUUCUUCACCUAGAAAUGUCAUUGAACGGUGCUUUGGUGUGCUAAAAGCUCGUUUUCCGAUAUUAAAGAUGAUGUCACCUUACAAAUUGAGUCGACAAACUUUAAUAGUAAUUGCUUGUUGUACACUUCAUAAUUUUAUUCGACAAUGCACCCAAUAUGAUCAUAUGUUUAGAGAAUGGGAAGAAAAAGAACUUGAGAGUGAAGACAACAUAGAAGGAUGUGAAACCAGUGUGUCAAGAUAUGAAGUUAAUUUGUCUGAUGAAUCUGCUACGGCAAUGGCACGUGUUCGAGAUCGUAUUGCUCAAACUAUGUGGGGGACUUAUAAUAAUAGAAAUUAG